AUGGCCAUUCAGGCCGCUUUCAUAUUCUGCUUCUUCUCUCUCAUCAGCUCCUUCCCAUCGCCUUCUUAUGGGUAUGAUCCCUUGGAUCCUAAUGGCAACAUGACCAUCACAUGGGAUUUUAUUCUUCAAAAUGGCAAUCUUUAUGAUAUAACAGUAUCAAUACGCAACAACCAAUUGUUCCGCCAUGUAGAAAUGCCUGGGUGGAAGGUAGGUUGGGAGUGGAAAGGCGAGAAGGUCAUAUGGAACAUGUGGGGCGCCGAAGCCACCGAGCAAGGGAAUUGCUCGAGGUUCCGAGGCAGCGGAGAGCUCCCUCACUGCUGCGAGAGGCAGCCGCGGAUUGUCGAUCUCAUGUUGGGAGCUCCUUGUAAUAAGCAAGUCUCCAAUUGUUGCAAAGGAGGGGUUCUGGGGUCACUUGUUCAGGACCCCACAAAUUAUGUAUCCUCUUUUCGGAUGAUUGCUGGAGCUGAUACCAACAAUGUUACGGACAUACAAAUGCCCAAGAAAUUCACUCUUGGAUUGCCUGGUUAUACCUGUGGAAACCCUUUUGAGGUCGCGCCGACCAGGUUUAGCCAGGAUGGUGGCCGGAGAUAUACACAAGCUCUUGCGACAUGGAAUGUGAACUGCAUCUACUCUCAAUUUCGAGCAUCAAGUGCACCAAAAUGCUGUGUGUCAUUGUCUGCGUUUUACAAUGAAACAAUUGUGUCUUGCCCAAAAUCGAGCUGUAACUGCCAAGGAUUACCUGGAUCAAGCUGUGUAAAGCCUGGGAAAACACCUCCCCUGUUGGAACUUCCACACACAGGUGAGAGGGAAGAGGAACAAGUGUCGCCUUUCGUGAGAUGUUCGAAGCACAUGUGUCCGAUUCGGGUUCACUGGCAUAUCAAACAAAACUACAGACAGUAUUGGCGUGUGAGGAUGACCCUCACAAAUCUCAACUACAUCAACAACUACUCUCACUGGAAUUUGGUGGCUCUCCAUCCCAACUUUAGAAAUGUCAUUCAGGUCUUCAGCUUCAACUACCGACCCCUCAAUCAGAAUGGCAACUUCAAUGACACUGGCAUGUUCUGGGGAAUUCAGAACUACAACGAUGUACAAACAGAGAUGCUACUGCACAAGGAUCCAAGAACCUUCACUUUCAAACAAGGAUGGGCUUUUCCCAGAAAGAUCUCCUUCAACGGCGACGAGUGUGUCAUGGCACCUCCGGACGAGUACCCGAGGCUCCCCAGCGGGGCUCAUAUUUCCAUUGCACCGACGCCUUUAUUAUUGACCUUCUCAUUGUUUCUACUCGCAAUAGUGUUCUCACUGACGUAA